AUGCCCGUCGCCGUGGAGGACAGGGGCGGUGGUGCAGUCGCGCUGAUGCUGGCGUCCCUCUUCCUCCUGGGCACAUGGCCAGUUCUCCUGACGCUGCUGGAGCGCAGAGGCCGGCUGCCUCAGCACACCUACCUCGACUACUCCAUCACCAACCUCCUCGCCGCCGUCCUGAUGGCCGUCGCGUUUGGGCAGGCUAGAGAUAGCAGGCCAGACUUCUUCACUCAGCUGACCCAGAUGCAGGAUAAUUGGCCUUCAGUCGUAAUCGCAAUGGCCGGAGGCCUCGCCCUAAGUCUUGGGAACCUUGUCUCACAGUACGCAUGGGCGUUUGCCGGUCUGUCAGUGACAAACGUCAUCUGCUCAAGCAUGACAGUUGUUUUAGGUACGACCAUAAAUUAUUUUCUUGAUGGUCGCAUCAAUCGAGCCAAGAAACUCUUCCCAGGUGUUGUGUGCUUCCUUGUCGCGGUGUUCCUUGGCGCAGCAGUCCAUUCUUCCAAUGCCAAGGAUGAUGAACAGAAGCUAAGCAUGAAGAGUGCAGACAUCGAGCUCAGCAGUGAAUUUUCUGACGAAGCGAAGUUGCUGCCUGCUCCUGAAGAAUCGAAGAACGGCAGUGGAGGAGAUUACAGCGCUUCCAAUGAGGCGAAACCAGGCACUGCAGAGUUCAUCAUCCAGGUCGAGGAGAGACGGUCAAUCAAGGUGUUUGGCUCCAGCAAAUUGCUAGGCCUCGGUCUGGUUUUCCUCGCCGGAGCCUGCUUCUCUCUCUUCUCACCGGCGAUCAACCUGGCCACCAACGACCAGUGGCGUGCCCUCAGGAAGGGUGUCCCUCACCUGGUGGUCUACACCGCCUUCUUCUACUUCUCGGUGUCGUGUUUCGUGCUCGGAGCCUGCCUCAACGUCUGGCUUCUGUAUCACCCUAUGGCCGGUGUGCCGGCAUCGACCGCCGGAGCAUACGCCAGGGACUGGAACGGCAGGCAUUGGGCCCUCCUAGCAGGGCUGCUCUGUGGUUUUGGGAACGGUUUUCAGUUCAUGGGCGGCCAGGCUGCUGGGUACGCAGCUGCUGAUGCAGUCCAGGCGCUGCCCCUUGUAAGCACAUUUUGGGGUGUCAUCCUCUUUGGGGAAUACCGAAGGUCAUCGAGAAAGACAUUCCUGUUGCUCUUUUCCAUGCUGUCGAUGUUCAUCAUCGCUGUUGCAGUUCUCAUGGCUUCAGCAGGGCAUAGGAAGGGAUUUGAUACCAAUGCUAAAUUCAUUGUAACCAGAUUGCACAGAAGUUAA